GUAGUUAUACCAAUGAGAUGGCUGAUAUUACCAUUCAUUAUUGUAUGAAAGUAAAACAGAAUAGACAAAUAUCUCGCUAAUAAAACAUAAUAAACAAAUAGCAAUCAUGUUUUGCUCAUAGGUCAGCCAUGUUGAUGAGCCUUGAAGCAUGCCGCAUAAGAUAUCUUAGCUAAAUCACAUGGGAAUAGUGGCAUGUAUUUGGACAUGAUUCUACAUAAACCUCAUAAGAAAGCAAGGUUUCCUUCAUUCUCAAACAACAUCAUGUUAGCAAUAUCGAAAAGGAUAUUCCCAACAUUCCUAUCUAGGCCACUAUAAAUACCUAGCCAGCUCUAGAUAUAGCGUACCAACUUGAGAAGAGCAAACAACACAUCUGGUUAGACUGUUAUAUACCAGUUAUUCGGGGAAUGGAGAUUCCAGUGAUAAAGAUUGAUCAGCUGUAUGGUGAGAAGAGGUCAGAGACACUUUCACUCCUCCACAAUGCCUGUGCGCAAUGGGGUUUCUUUUGGCUUGAGAAUCAUGGGGUCAAUGAAGACCUCAUGAAUAAAGUGAAGGAACUGGUGAACAAACACUAUGAGCAAGAAAUGGAGAACUUCUACAGCUCGGAGAUGGCAAAAGUUCUAGGUUGUGAGAAAGUUUCAUCAAAUGUUGACUGGGAGUGCAGUUUCAUGUAUCGUCAUCAGCCAAAAUCAAACAUUCAUGAUAUUCCUGAGCUGCUUAGGACAACAGUAUUCCAAUAUGCUGAAGAAGUAAUCAAAUUGGCUGAACAGCUCGCAGCAGCUAUGAGUGAAAAUCUUGGGCUGGACAAGGAUUACAUCGAGAAGGCAUUUUCAAAACCUUCUGUAGGCAUCAAGGUGGCCAAGUAUCCAAGGUGCAGUCAUCCAGAGCUUGUGAUGGGCCUCAGGGAACACACUGACGCUGGGGGUAUCAUACUUCUACUUCAAGAUGAGUUAGUCCCAGGUUUGGAGUUUCUGAAAGAUGGUAAGUGGAUCCCAGUACCUCCAACAGAAGGCAAUAGAAUUUUUGUAAACCUUGGAGACCAGAUUGAAGUGAUGACCAAUGGAAUCUACAAGAGCAUAUGCCAUCGGGUUCGUCCCAAUAAGAAUGGGAGCCGCCUAUCUAUCGCAACAUUCUAUAACCCUGGUGCUGAUGCCAUAAUCUGUCCAGCUCCAAAGCUUACAUAUCCUAGCCAAUAUCGUUUCCAAGAUUACCUUAAUUUCUAUUCUACUACCAAGUUCACUGAUAAAGUAUCAAGGUUCCAGACUACAAAGGCAAUGUUGAAAUGAGUCAUGUCAGAAGCCUGGAGAGCAAAUAAGUAUCUUGUUGUUCAGCAACACUGCAUCAGUGUGUAGAUGCGUUUGUACGUAAUUCUCCUAAGGAACAGUGAAGGUGUUGAAAUAUGUAUCUUACUUCCAGUAUUUAUCUGUUGAAGAAUAAAAGUCUUGCACUACCUGUACUUAAUGUAAAAUACUAUUGCAUGUGGAUUUCUUCAGAUACUGAAAUGUCAUGUUGAUUUUUUUUUCUCGGACAACGAAAUGUCAUGUUGCUCAUGAAGA